UUUAGGAACAGAACGAUUUAGAAGUUACUCGUCGUUUUCUUCGGCGUGGCGUUGCCACCUAACAACACAGGCACAGCUGCCAUAGUAUUCGUCGCCCACGCCCUACACCUCUCUGUCUCCGCUUCUCUUCUGCUCUUCGGAAAUGGCAGCAUUAUCAGGGAAGGUUGUCCAACAUGUUCUGGUAGCACAUUGCUGCCAGCAGGAUAGGCAGUUAAGCACCCAAUAUCAAAAGGGCUUUUGUACCCCUUGUAGGCGCAACUUACUUACCCACAUAAGAGGGAGGUUGGCAGGGACACACAUCUCUACCCCUCAAAUGUUCUCAAAAUUUAACCGAGGAAUUGUAUACUGCAAUGCUGCUCCAUCAGUUGCUGUAAUACCCUCUGUUGACAAAGGGGCUUUCCUUAAGCUUCAAAAUGGCAGUGAUAUUCGAGGGGUUGCUGUUGAUGGUGUUGCAAAUGAACCAGUUACCCUCACCGAACCAAUUACAGAAGCAAUUGCAGCUGCUUUUGCUGCAUGGCUGCAGGAUAGAAAAAAGGCUGAUGCAUCUAAGCCAUUGAAAGUUUCAAUUGGCCAUGAUUCACGAAUAUCUGCACAGAAGUUACAGGAUGCCGUAUCUCGAGGUCUAGCUGGUGCUGGCGUUGAUGUUAUUCAGUAUGGAUUGGCCUCCACACCAGCAAUGUUCAACAGCACUCUAACAAAAGAUGAAGGCAUUUAUUGUCCAGUUGAUGGCUCUAUAAUGAUAACAGCUAGUCAUCUCCCUUACAAUCGAAAUGGAUUCAAGUUCUUUACUAACAGUGGUGGACUUGGAAAAGUGGACAUCAAAGACAUAUUGGAGCGAGCUGCUGAUAUAUACAAAACUUUCACAGCUGAAGGUCUGAAUGAUAACGAAAAACGAGCAGCACAAUCUGUGAAAAGAGUGGAUUACAUGUCCGUAUACACAUCUGAUCUGGUAGCAGCUGUCCGGAAAGCUGCAGGGAACUUAGACAAGCCACUGGAGGGAUUCCAUAUAGUAGUUGAUGCUGGAAAUGGAGCUGGAGGAUUCUUUGCUGCAAAAGUGCUAGAGCCUUUGGGAGCUGUUACUUCUGGAAGUCAGUUUCUAGAGCCAGAUGGGCUUUUUCCCAAUCACAUUCCAAACCCCGAAGAUAAGGAAGCAAUGAAAGCUAUAACUCAGGCAGUACUUGACAAUAAAGCAGAUUUGGGGAUUAUCUUUGAUACUGAUGUUGAUAGAUCUGCUGCUGUGGACUCCAGUGGCCGUGAAUUAAACAGGAACCGAUUGAUAGCCCUCAUAUCUGCGAUUGUUUUAGAGGAGCAUCCCGGGACUACCAUAGUCACAGAUAGUGUGACUUCUGAUGGAUUGACAACAUUUAUUGAAAAGAAGCUGGGUGGAAAACACCAUAGAUUUAAAAGAGGCUACAAGAAUGUGAUUGAUGAAGCCAUUCGAUUGAAUUCCGUUGGAGAGGAAACACAUUUAGCUAUUGAAACUAGUGGCCACGGAGCUCUCAAGGAGAAUAAUUGGCUUGAUGAUGGUGCAUAUCUGAUGGUGAAGCUUUUAAACAAAAUCGCGGCAGCUAAGGCAUCUGGAAUCAGUGGAGGCAGCAAGGUUUUGACAGAUUUGAUCGAUGGUCUGGAGGAAGCUACUGUUUCUGUUGAACUAAGACUUAAAAUUGAUCAAAAUCAUGCCGAUCUUAAAGGAGGAUCUUUCCGUGAAUACGGAGAAGCUGUGAUACAGAAUUUGGCAAACUGUGUUGACGCCGAUCCAAAACUUCAGAAAGCCCCCGUGAAUUAUGAAGGGAUAAGGGUGUCCGGCUAUGGUGGAUGGUUCCUUUUAAGGCUCUCGCUUCACGACCCUGUUAUGCCCCUCAACAUCGAGGCACCAACCCACGAAGAUGCUAUAAAGCUCGGCCUGGCCGUUCUUUCUGCCGUCAAAGAGUUUACUGCUCUCGACACAUCCGCCUUAAACAAAUUUGUCCAAGUGUAGUCAAGCUCGCCUUCUCGCGCGCCCAACUUCUCUAAGGUGUGUAAUUUAAAUCGACUUCCCUUGAGCUUCUUUUGGGUUUUUCUUUUUUUGGUACGGUAAUGAUAAUUUAAAACGAUGUAAGGGCUGGUGCAAUUUUGCUCGGUUAUGAUAAACGAAUAAGGUUGAAUAAUUACUACUUUUCUAAGGGAUGGCUUAGAGAAUGUAGUCUGAUUUCGAUCAGAAAAUAAGUCGAUUUCUAAACGUUUGUUUUGUGUUUGCAUAGAAAGUUUGUUGAUGCCAAUGGGUAUGUUUGUUUAAGGUUUUGACGA